GUAUUUCCAUGAACGAACGGGGACUUGACUGAACCCGCUCCUGGCUCCGCCUUCUGUUCCAGACGUGCUGAUCCGACCCAGCAUCCCAUCCCAGGAGGAGGAGAACGGGAAAGAACUUCACUCUGACUUUUUUAUUUUUUAUUUUAUUUUUUUACAGCCAUCACACGUUUGUCAGCUUUGAAAUUCAGCCGAUGUCUUUGCUCGGAUAGAGAACACACACUUCACUUUUUUUUUUUCGUUCGGAGUUCUUUGCAGGGAAACAGAUGAUAUUUGAACUCGUCGAAGGGAGCUGAGAGAGAGAGAAGAGGUGGGUGUCGGGUGCACGGCUGUUUGGUUCUUGUCCUGUUUUGUCAUUAAUCGCGGAUAUAAGAUUGUUUAUUUGAAUUCAGGUUUGAAGCUCAGCUGUAGCUGAUGCAGUUGUGUGGGUUUGAUGCAAAUUAAGAGUUUGAUCUUGCCUAAAGAAGGUCUUGAAGAAACUUUGCAGUAACUGUGAUCUAAACAAUUAGUACAAUUUGAAACAAUGGCCCUGAAAGCAAAAGUAUUGUAUGAUUUCCACGCUGAGAACCCAGGGGAGAUCUCCAUAGCAGAGAACGAGUUGGUGACUGUGUUCACUGAGGAGGAGUUGGAGGGCUGGCUGGAGGGGGAGAACACCAAAGGAGAGACUGGCUUGUUUCCUGCCUCUUAUGUUGAUCUCAUCAAGGACCACAUCAGCCCCAGCUCCAGCAACAAUGGCUUCUCCUCACCCAAAACCAUAGCAGCCCAGUCCCCGGCCCGCACCUCACACACUUCCUCGGACUCUCCAUCUCAGAGGGGGUUUAAGGUGGGCAGCGGUGGAGGGAGCAGCUUCAACACCAGCCACGGCAGCGAUGACGACUGGGACGARGACUGGGAUGACAGCUCUGCGGCGACGUACGAGCCCCAGGGUUUCGGCACGACCCCUCCCAUGUACCCGGUCYCCACCUCUCUGCCGGGCCGCCGGAGCAGCCAGCAGCAGCAGGCCAAGAGCUCAGCCACGGUGGGGAGGAACCUCAACAGGUUCUCCACCUUCGUCAAGUCCGGAGGGGAGGCCUUCUUGCUCGGGGAGGCAUCGGCGUUCGUGAAGGAUGGGGACAGGAUCAUUGUGGUGAUGGGGAAGCACGGACCGGAGUGGCAAGAGGACCCUUAUCCCUUCACAUGUACCAUCGAUGACCCCACCAAGCAGACCAAGUUCAAAGGGAUGAAGAGCUACAUGUCCUACGGUCUCACCCCAACCCACACCAAUAUACAAGUCAACCGAAGGUACAAACAUUUCGACUGGCUCUACGCUCGGCUCGUGGAGCGUUUCCCUGUCAUCUCGGUGCCCCACCUGCCAGAGAAGCAGGCCACGGGCCGCUUCGAGGAGGACUUCAUCUCUAAGAGGAGGAAGGGUCUGAUCUGGUGGAUGAACCACAUGGCUAGCCACCCAGUGCUGGCCCACUGCGACGUCUUCCAGCACUUCCUAACGUGCGGGGCAGACGAGAAGGCCUGGAAGAUGGGCAAGAGGAAGGCAGAGAGGGACGAGCUGGUCGGAGCCAACUUCUUCCUCACCAUCAGCACUCCUGCUGUUCCUCUGGACCUCCAGGAAGUGGAGAACAAGAUUGAAGGCUUUAAAACCUUCACCAAACGAAUGGAUGAGAACAUCGUUGUUGUGAACACGACCAUCGGCGAGUUUUCCCGCAAGCAGAUGACGGGCUUCAAGAAGGAGUACCAAAAGGUCGGUCAGUCCUUCAGACUUCUCGGACAGGCUUUUGAGAUGGAUCAGCAGGCCUACUCGGCGGGCCUGAACAGAGCCAUCGCCUACACCGGCGAGACGUACGAGACCAUAGGAGAGUAUUUUGCAGAGCAGCCCCGUCAGGACCUGGAACCUAUUUCUGAUCUGCUGGAUCUUUACAAAGGACAUCUGGCCAAUUUUCCUGACAUUGUUCACGUACAGAAAGGUGCACUAACCAAGGUAAAAGACUGUCCGAAGCAGGAAGGCGAGCUCCACGAACGCUGCAACAUCAUAUCUUGUGCCACGCUGGCAGAAAUCCAGCACUUCCACCGAACACGCGUGCGAGACUUCCGCUCGCAGAUGCAACACCACCUCCGCCAGCAGAUCAGCUUCUUCCAGAAGAUUACCGCCAAACUAGAGGAUGCACUGCAGAAGUAUGACUUUGAUCAAUAAUAGUCUUUUGAAAGAAUAAUAAAAAAACAAACGAACAAAAAAAAACAAUGGGUUUUUCAUCUGGCACAAGCCACAGGACAAGAUGCUGGAUUGUUUGAAUGACUGUGACGAGUUUACCAGCUGCAGCUGCAUAUCUGACAGCUCAGCAGUUCUGUGGAAGGUAUUUAAAAACCUGUUUCAGCAUGCUGCUUGAAUCACAACUUCUGGGUCAUGCCUUUGCCUCCACUGCUUCCAAGUGCUUCAUGUAUGUAGUGAGUUUAAACCAAACUYAACAAGGACUGAAAACCCCUUAAUCUCUAGUGGCUCGAGCUCAAAGACUAGAUUUAAUUGACUUUUUUAUGAUCAUUAUCUCUGUUUACUUUUACUUGAAGACCUACUCAGUAUUGUUCGGUUGCACAGUUUGCAGAUGUUUGUGAAAGGUGGCAACGUGGGCAUUAUCUGCUCUAUUCAUUCCAGUUAGUAAAAAUARGAUUUAAAAUUUUGACCUCUUGUGUCUUUUAUAGCUCACAAACUAAAAGAGCGUUUUGGAUGUCACGUCUCAUAAAAUGGGAUAUCAAAAAUGUUUGGAGAAAAAUUGCUUUACAUGUAACCUGGUACUAAAAUGAACUCACAAUUGUUUGUUGUGAUCACUAUUUUGCCGCUGAACCCAGAGGAACUGGCAAAAGAAGAAGAAAAAUAGUAUUUCUGGUAAAUGUGGUUCUUUCAGGCGUGGGUCCACAACUGUUUACUGUCAGUGAAUUUUAUAGGGUUUACAACAAGACAACCAACUAUUCUCUGGUUGUUAUUCAAGCUUUUAUUAUUAUUAUUAUCAUCAUUAUUAUUAUUAUUAUUAUUAUUAAAUUGCUGGAACAAA